ACCCCCCACCCAUCCCGUCCUGACGCACCGCCACUGCGCACCAGGCCCUGGUCCUGCCAGCGGGGGCUCCACCUGCAUUGAUGGUGCUGAAGCAGGGAGAGGCUACAGAGAGCACAGAGAGAAAACACAACAGCUGGGAGAGGAAGGAGACCGCGGAUGGAUGCGGAUUGAUGGAAUAACCAACUGCUCUGCGCAACGUUAACAGGAUAUUGCCAUCGGGAAUCAGGUGGCAGACGGCCUCUGAUUUCUGGCUGGGCUUCGGUCCAUCAGAUCCUGUGCAGUAGCAGAACCCCAGCACUCAGAUUUCACCAUGGCAGGAGCCUCGGUGAAAGUAGCCGUGAGGGUCCGACCCUUCAACUCACGAGAGAUCGGCAAAGACAGCAAAUGUAUCAUCCAGAUGUCCGGCAACACCACCACAAUUCUAAACCCAAAACAGCCAAAGGAGACCAAAAGCUUCAAUUUUGAUUAUUCCUAUUGGUCACACACAACCCCAGAAGAUGUGAACUAUGCAUGUCAAAAGCAGGUAUAUAGAGACAUAGGAGAGGAAAUGCUGCUUCAUGCUUUCGAGGGAUACAACGUGUGUAUCUUUGCCUAUGGCCAAACUGGGGCAGGAAAGUCAUAUACCAUGAUGGGCAAGCAAGAAAAAGACCAAGAAGGCAUCAUCCCAUUGCUAUGCGAGGACCUGUUUACCAAGAUCAAUGACAAUAAUGACAACAACAUGUCCUACUCGGUUGAGGUGAGUUACAUGGAGAUCUACUGUGAGCGCGUACGGGACCUUCUGAACCCAAAGAACAAAGGGAAUCUGCGUGUGCGAGAGCAUCCUCUGAUGGGACCCUACGUGGAGGACCUGUCAAAACUGGCUGUUACUUCCUACAAUGACAUCCAGGACCUGAUGGACUCUGGAAAUAAAGCCAGGACGGUGGCAGCCACCAACAUGAAUGAGACCAGCAGCCGCUCACAUGCUGUAUUCAACAUCAUCUUCACACAGAAACAACAUGACAACGAGAGCGAAAACACCACUGAAAAGGUCAGCAAAAUCAGCCUGGUCGACUUGGCAGGAAGCGAAAGGGCUGAUUCUACUGGAGCUAAAGGCACUAGACUCAAGGAAGGAGCCAAUAUCAACAAAUCUUUAACAACACUCGGAAAAGUUAUCUCUGCGCUGGCUGAGAUGGACUCUGCACCAAACAAGAACAAGAAGAAGAAGAAAGUUGAGAGCUUUAUUCCAUACAGAGAUUCCGUUCUGACAUGGCUGCUUAGAGAGAACCUUGGAGGAAACUCGCGCACUGCUAUGGUAGCAGCUCUAAGCCCUGCUGAUAUUAACUAUGACGAAACACUCAGCACACUCAGGUAUGCUGACCGAGCCAAGCAGAUUCGAUGCAAUGCUGUCAUCAACGAAGACCCCAACAACCGGCUGGUGCGUGAGCUGAAAGAAGAGGUGGCUCGUCUGAAGGAUCUGCUUUAUGCUCAGGGUCUCGGAGACAUCAUUGAGAUGACCAAUGCCAUGACAGGGAUGAGCCCCUCGCCCUCUCUGUCUGCCCUGUCCAGCCGAGUGGGGUCCAUCAGCAGCCUGCAUGACCGGAUCAUGUUCAGCCCAGGAAGCGAGGAAGCCAUUGAGAGGCUGAAGGAAACUGAGAAGAUAAUCGCGGAGCUCAAUGAAACUUGGGAAGAGAAGCUUCGCCGCACUGAGGCCAUUAGGAUGGAAAGGGAGGCACUUUUGGCUGAAAUGGGUGUGGCGAUGAGGGAAGAUGGAGGAACCGUUGGAGUCUUUUCGCCAAAGAAGACUCCUCACCUGGUCAACCUCAAUGAAGAUCCUCUCAUGUCUGAGUGCUUGUUGUACUACAUUAAAGAUGGAAUUACCAAGGUCGGUCGUGAGGAUGCCAGCAGUCGGCAGGACAUUGUGCUGAGUGGUCACUUCAUUAAAGAUGAACACUGUAUCUUCACAAGUACCACAAAUGCUAUAGGAGACGGUACGGUGGUCCUAGAGCCCUGUGAGGGAGCGGAGACGUAUGUUAAUGGCAAGAGAGUGACAGAGCCCACAGUUCUCAAAUCAGGUAACCGUAUCAUUAUGGGCAAAAGCCACGUGUUCCGCUUCAAUGACCCAGAGCAAGCAAGGCAAGACAGAGAGAGGACUCCAUGUGCGGACACACCAGUGGAGCCGGUGGACUGGGCCUUUGCCCAGAGAGAACUACUGGAGAAACAAGGCAUUGACAUGAAGCAAGAAAUGGAUCAGAGAUUACAGGAGCUGGAGGACCAGUAUCGCAAAGAAAGAGAAGAAGCAAGCAACCUUCUGGAGCAGCAGAGACUGGACUAUGAGAGUAAACUGGAAGCUCUUCAGAAGCAGGUCAACUCCAGAUAUUACCCAGAAACUACAGAGGAAGAGGAGGAGCUAGAAGAUGAAGUCCCAUGGACAAAACGAGAGACAGAACUAGCCCUCUGGGCUUUCCGGAAAUGGCGUUUCUAUCAGUUCACCUCUCUCAGAGACCUGCUCUGGGGAAAUGCCAUUUUCCUCAAGGAGGCUAAUGCCAUUAGCGUGGAGCUGAAGAAAAAGGUUCAGUUUCAGUUUGUGCUGUUAACAGACACACUGUACUCCCCGUUGCCUCCUGACCUCCUGCCACCCAGCAUAGCCAAAGACAGAGAGAAACGACUGUUCCCUCGCACCAUUGUAGCAGUAGAGGUGCAGGACCAGAAAAAUGGUGCCACACACUAUUGGACCCUGGACAAACUCAGACAAAGACUGGAUUUGAUGAGAGAAAUGUAUGACCGAGCAGCAGAAGUGCCCAGUACGGCAGUGGAAGACUGUGAUCAUAUCAUGUCCGGUGGCGACCCCUUCUACGACCGCUUCCCGUGGUUCCGUCUGGUUGGUCGCACUCCCAUUCUCAACACGUGCAUGAGCGAGCGCAUGAGUGGCCUUACCCUCUCCCCCACCCUCUCCGACCCCGACUCUGACAUAACCGAGCUCGCCGAUGAGCGGCAUUAUGGGAAGGUGGAGGUGGAGGAGGAGGAGCUGGAGGACCUGGACGAUGAGAUCUUUGUGGAGGACAAUGGCUCAGAGCUUGGGAGAGAGGAGGAGGAUGAUGGUGUGGGCGAGCGCUGCCCAGGUGUCAGCGAUGGCCAGGACCCCUUUUACGACCGCUGGCCUCUGUUCAGUUUAGUGGGAAGGGCAUUUGUGUAUCUGAGUAACCUUCUGUACCCCGUGCCAUUAGUGCACCGUGUGGCCAUUGUAAGUGAGAAAGGCGAGGUCAAGGGGUUUCUUCGUGUGGCAGUACAAGCCAUAUCAGCUGAUGAAGAAGCUCCUGAUUAUGGUUCUGGUGUGAGACAAUCAGGAACUGCCAAGAUUUCAUUUGAGGAUCAAGCGUUUGAAAAGUUUCAGACAGAAGCAUGCAGCAGUGGGAUGACUCAAACACACACAUCUGAAGAGGAGCUGCGUAUUGUUGAAGGAGAAGGACAAAACUCAGAGUUGGGACUCAGUGCUGAUGAGGUCAACAACAACACCUGCUUAGCCUCUCCAGAUGUUCCUGACAGUCCUCUGAAGGAUGUUCUGGAAUGUCCUCUAGAUGUGACUCAAGACAAAUCGCUUCAGCACUUGAAAAUUGGCAGCAACUUCACCUUUAGGGUCACAGUGCUUCAGGCAUCCAGCAUCUCUGCCGAGUAUGCAGAUAUCUUCUGCCAAUUCAAUUUUAUUCACAGGCAUGACGAGGCAUUUUCCACUGAGCCAUUAAAGAAUACUGGCCGAGGGCCUCCUCUGGGAUUCUACCAUGUACAAAAUAUAACUGUGGAGGUCACCAAGUCUUUUGUGGAAUACAUCAAAAGUCAGCCAAUCGUUUUUGAAGUAUUCGGCCACUACCAGAAGCAACCCUUCCCUCCUCUUUGCAAGGACUUAAUUAGUUCAUUACGUCCAAUGCGAAGGCAGUUUCCCAGGGUUAUGCCUUUGUCAAAGCCAGUGCCCGCCACCAAACUGAGCACGCUCGCUCGCUCCACCGCAGGCCCCUGCCACUGCAAAUAUGACCUUAUGGCUUUCUUUGAGAUCUGUGAGCUGGAGGCCAACGGGGAUUACAUCCCUGCUGUUGUUGAUCACAGGGGUGGAAUGCCCUGCCAUGGUACAUUCCUGUUGCAUCAGGGCAUCCAAAGAAGAAUUACAGUCACUAUUGCCCAUGAAACCGGCAAUGAUAUUGAGUGGAAAGAAGUGAAAGAACUUGUCAUAGGGCGCAUCCGUAACACACCCGAGGCGGAUGAGACUAUCAUCGACCCCAACAUCCUGUCCCUCAACAUCCUGUCUUCAAGCUACAUACGGCCGACUUAUGAUGACAGAGUGUCAUUGGGAAGUGACCAUAGGACAUUCUACCGCUUCGAGGCAGCAUGGGACUCUUCGAUGCACAACUCUCUCCUGCUCAACCGUGUCACUCCAUAUGGAGAGAAAAUUUACAUCACUCUUUCCGCCUACCUGGAGAUGGAGAACUGCACUCAGCCCACUGUGGUCACUAAGGACUUCUGCAUGGUGUUCUACUCCAGAGAUGCUAAACUGCCUGCAUCUCGAUCCAUUCGAAAUCUUUUCAGUACUGGUGCCUUCAGGCCAUUAGAGAGCAACUGUGUGACUGGAGUGUACGAAUUAAGUCUCUGCCAUUUGGCUGACAUCGGAAGUCCUGGUAUGCAGAGGAGGCGCAGACGGGUGCUGGACACCUCAGUGGCGUAUGUGCGUGGAGAGGAAAACCUGGCGGGUUGGAGACCCCGCAGCGACAGCCUCAUCCUGGACCACCAGUGGGAGCUGGAGAAACUCAGCCUCCUACAAGAGGUUGAGAAGACGAGGCACUAUCUUCUGCUGAGAGAGAAGCUGGAAGCGUCUCUGCUGCUGGGACAGGACUCUUUCUAUGGCAAAGAUCUGAUGGACUCACCGAAAGCCACCAGCCCCAUGAUCAGCCCGGUAGUGAGUCUGGGUCUGGACAGCCCCAAUGAGAGGCAGAGGGAGCUGGCUGCCAAGUGUGUGCGACUGCUCAUGCACACCUUCAACAGGCAGUACAGCCAGGUGAGCAGCAGUCUCAGUGAGAGCAAGCUGUCAGAGAUUUCCGCGUCUCUUUUAAGAGACAGUGUUACUUCACCUCUGAGCUCUCUGACGCCUUCCUCCACCUGCCCAUCACUGCUGGACGGUCACUAUGGCAGUGCAGACUUCAGAGGUGCUGAGGCAAACUCUGGUGCUUCUAGCCCUGAUCUUGACCCAUUCAGUCCUAUUGAGAGAAAACCAAGGACCUGCACCUUCAUACCCAAUAUCCAGGAGAUUCGUGUCAGCCCUAUUGUGUCGAAGAAAGGCUAUCUGCACUUUCUGGAGCCUCACACCAGUGGCUGGGUGAAGCGGUACAUCGUGGUACGGCGGCCGUAUGUUUACCUGUACCGCAGCGAAAGAGACUGUGUGGAGCGAGCCAUCAUCAACCUGUCCUCCGCUCAGGUGGAGUACAGUGAAGAUCAGCACACCUUGAUGAGGGCUCCUAACACUUUCACAGUGUGCACUGAGCACCGCAACAUCCUCCUCCAGGCCACAAAUGACAAAGAGAUGCAUGACUGGCUGUACGCGUUCAACCCACUGCUGGCAGGAACUAUCAGGUCUAAGCUUUCCAGAAGAAAAUCAGGACAGAUGAGGAUGUGAACCUGUUUUUUUCCCUUCUGGCUCAAUCCAUAAACAGAUAGCUAACAGGCCGUUGUGAUGUAAUUAGGUCAUGUGAUCAUAAGUGCCCAAUCCCCAUGUCAUCACAGCUGCCUCUUGCCUGCCCUGCCCGUCUGUCCAUGCCAACCACAGACUGUGAGUGUGUGUGUGUGUAUGUGUGUGUGUCAGGCCCUAUUUAGUGUACAUUCGAAAUAUACUAUCGAAAUAUACUGCACCUCCCACUCACAUAGCUAAAAACUAGAAUGGCAAACAGCUUCUUAGACACAAAACCCCACUCUUAAAGGAACAGUUCACCCAAAAAUGUCACCCUUCACUUCAGUUGAACACAAAAGAUAUUUGGAAGAAGAAUAAAUAAAAAUGUUCUUCAGAAUAUCUUCUUUUGUCUUUUAAAUGUGAGUAAAUAGUGUGUAAAUGUACAUUUUUGGGUGAACUAUCCCUUUAAAGUCAUUCAUACAUUUGUAAAUGCGACUCGAUGCUCUGUUUGUGUGUGUGCGCUUCUGCAGAGUAGAUUUCAAGUGCUUUUACCUGGCUCGGUUAUUGCCUCUUGGUUUUGAUCAUUAUGCUUUUUGAAGGGAGCUAAUUUGCAGAUGGCCUUUUAUGCAGUGGAUAUCGUGAUGGAUUUUAGACCGAAAGAGGUAACUGUCUAAUGUUUCAUCAAAAACCAUCUGCCAUUUACAGAGGUUUAAUUUGUGUUUGAAUUUCCAUCAGAAAUGUCUUUUUUACAUUACAUCUUUUACGUUACACUUAUUUAUUAAGCAUUGUAUGUUUUAUAAACAUGAGUCCACUAUUUGUAGUGCGCUACAAAAAUUAUUUCUCACCUUGCACUUUUGAUAAUGAGCUUUAUUUCACAGAUUUGGUUUGAUUCGUUUGCACAAGAGCUCUGCUGCUAAGAGAAUCAGCUUAUUUGGUGUUUUUAUUUUAAUUGAUUACUUUUCAUCCGCUUGUUUUUACGCACAAAAUUAGCUAGCUUUGAUGCUGAACUUCCACUUAACACAUACAUCAGAGUACAUUUAAACUUCUGAAUUAAUGAAGAGUUCAUUUAAAUUAUGCUGGAGGAUUACGUUCAGAAAUACUGCAUCUACACUCUUCAAAAUAAAGGUACUUUUUUGACAUCUAACAUGAAACGUUCUAUUGCACAUAAAAAUAUUUAGCAAAUAAAGGUUUUAUGUAAGUUCACCCUGAAAUAUAAUCCGUUUGAGCCAAAUAGUAAGUAUACAUUAUUUGACAUGCUGUCCAGAAUGAUGGCUCUGAGUUCAGAAUGACGUAAAUGAGGUGAAUGGGUUAUAUGCACAACUAGUGUUUUUCAGCCAGUGAUAAACCUCUGGUGAAAGCUUAAUGUGACUAUUUUCAGCUCUUAAGGUUCAUUUUCUAGCUUCGAUGUUGUAAUGUAAUUACAAUACAUUCAGUUAAAUACUUACAGUAAGCAUUAAUUUAAUUGUUCAAGCGCAAAACGAGAUGGAAGACUGUGCUAGCACUGUCAGGAUCAGCAGGCGAACGCAGAAACUUAUUUGAAAAUACUGGGAUAAAAUAAACCGUUUUUCAUCAUAUUUUAAACACAUGGCGGGGGAAAAUGGAAUUUAAUGCAGUGCUUCUUGUCCGGUCUGAGGCCCACUGUAUAUCGGAUAUCAAUCAGGCAGUGAAGAUCACAGAUUUUUUAUGAAAUCAGACCUUAAACAUGGCAAUUUUAUAAUGGAAAGACUUAUGCUGGUGGGCUGAAAUUAAAGGUCUGUGUGCAUAUACCCCAUUGCAUGGAUAUACACAUGAAGUGUUCAGAUGCAAAAACCUCUAAACGCUGUUUGCAUUUUUAUUUGGCUCCUGUGUGUAGGUUCAGUGAUUUCACUUUCAUUGCAAAUAAUAAGUCCUUUACAUGGUAUUUAAAGUUAAAUAUCUUAACAUAAACAAAGCAGCCUGGGAAAAAUGUUAAUUUUCUAUGGAAAUUUCAGAAGGCUCUGAGAGUUUUUUUGCAUCUGAACUCUUCACAUAUACUUAUCAAGCUAGUUAGGAUGACUAGGUAAACGAGCUGUACUUGAAUUGGUUUUAUGCUAAUUAAAAACAGUCAAAUGCAUAGGAUUUUAAAGUAUGCUCAAUUUAACUGCAUGUGCAUAAACAUGAGCACUAGAAAUGUGUUACUUUUUCUUUCCAAAAUUUAUGCUAAAAUAUUAUUUCUAUUUAUUUGUUUAGAAUAGAGUCGCCGAUGUUGAUUGAAGUCUGUGGGCCGAAUAUAUACCAAACCGAAUAUGUAGUAUAUACCAAACUGUAUUACAUUAAAUUUGCCAUAGGGAAUUUACUAAUUUAUUUGCUAAUAUUUCAAAAUAACUAGAAAACCUAGAAAACAAAAAAAAAAAGAACCCCGUUUAUAACACAAUGCAGUUCAAUGCUGAAUGCAUUGGUUGAGCUACUCCUUCCUUUGCCUUGAUUUGCUCGCCGAUGUCUUGUGCAUUGACCCCUAUCUGUCAUGUGACAGUAUUUACAUGUUAAAAGUCUGAUACAUUUAUAACAUUUACUUUCAGUUGGCUUUAUGUAGCUCAGCAAUAAAACAAAGAAACAAAAGGGUGCGUUAAAUUCGAAAUCUCUCUAAGUUCAAUACCUCUGUCAAAGGAAUUCACCUCAACCACCUUCCCGUCAUUUCAGAUGGGAUGGUGGGCCAAAUCAAAGGAUACCAUGGACCAAUUUUAGCCCACAGGCCCUACUUUGGGCAUCUCUGAAUUAAAGUUUACUUUGGGGUUUUCUCAGUAAGAUUCAUGUAAUCAAAUUUGCAAUGUCUAUUCUGCUAAUGCACUUUAUUGAUUAGAUGAACAGUUAAUCCUUAUUCUUUACCACACCCCUAUUAUUUUAAUUUGCUAUGAGGGAAUGAUGCAAAAAAAGAAAGCCCCGCCCCUAUUCAAUAUCCACUUGUUAAGUCGUGACUUCUCAGUGACGUAUGGAAUACUGUUUCCGGGUCCAAGCCACUACUCAUUUAAAUUGGGAAAAUAUUCAUUUAUGACCAUUAAGUAAAUUUUGUAUAAAAUCAUAGUGUACACAACAGUCUCUGGACUUGCUGCAUCACAAAUACCAACAUUUUAACAAUUUAUAAGAAAUUAAUCAUUUUCUGGUCAUCUGAUAUUAGGCAUGGAUAUAUAUAUAUAU